GCAGAAAAUGUAUUUUUGAACACAGCUAGCUGCAAAAUCUGCAAAACUAGUAGCUGACUGACUGUAGAUCCAAGGUAGGCAAUAGCCUUUGCACACUCAUUUUCACUAGCUUUGCUGCUUUUUGUGUGCGCUGAAUAUCUGAGGAUUUGUGCUAGCUCGCUCUGCAAAGGUGUGAAGGUUCUGGUUGGUUCACCUUUCCACCCCUUUUUCUGCAGAAUCGGAAGAGAAAUUCACGAGAUGUCGAGCAGCAGUAGCAUCAGCAGCGACGACGAGAGAGAAAACUCUGCGCAUCUGCCUUUGCCGUCGCCCCCCGGCUCUCGACCGAGCUCAAGAGCCAGCUCUCGCUGCUCCAGCCCGCAGAGUCCCAGAAAGAGGCGAAACGGGAGCCUCCCGUCUGCCAGCGGCAUCGGAGCCACCCUCCAGAACACUGUUGAAGAAUUGAUUCAGAGAGACCUGCUCGACACUGGCGUCGUAGUAGAGCUGGCCAACUCUAAAGAUGCGCAGCAGAAGCUGGAGGACUUGCUCCCGAUACAUUUCUAUAGCUGGAGGCUCAAAAACGUUGAAGCUGCACUCGUAUACACCCUUCUGCACAUGUUUGUCCUACUGCAGCAGUGCAAUGAAAUGGUCAGAGAGAGAAGUGUGUACGAGGACUACAUUAGUCAUUUGAAGGCGCGCGUAGAAGAAAACCAGCAGCCUGAAUGUGGUUCUCAGGAACACGAGAGGGAAGAGUUAGUAAGGCUACGGAGGGAAAAUGCAGAGCUACGUCAAGAAAAAGCAAAGCUUCAAGCCUCUCAGAGUGAGCUCUAUCAAAUAAAUGACGCAUGGUCGAGAGACUAUAACAGCCUAACUAAAAAAGUAGAGGCUCUAACAUCUGGAAGUUGGAGCACCAGUAGCAACGGUACAUCCACCCACCAUCUCACAAACGGCACAUCCGUCACACACGCACCAGUCACUACCGCAGAACAGCACCAGAACGCACGUACCCCCACCCAUCCACCUUCCUUCGCACUUUCCCACGCCUCGCACUCGCACGCUUGCCCCAACUGCUUCUCGCUUCGAGAGCAGCUCGACCAACUGUCGCGACAGGCCAAAGAACUCGGUCGCAAGAACAGAGACCUCGAGAAACUUUUGGAAGAAGAGGAGAGAAAAUCGAAGCAGAAAGACAUGCUCAUAAAGUCACUGGACAGUGAAAACCAAGCAGUGCAGCUCCAGAUUCAAGAAAUUGGCGACCUUCAGGCUGCGGCGAGGCUGAAGGAAGACUUCCGCAAGCUGGAGCUGAAGAUGCGCCAGCUGGAGAAACAGCACCAAGACACCACCAGCAAGAAGAUACAACUUCAGCACCAGGUUGACAAGUUGAGACAUGCCUUCAUGUCCAUACUGGGAGUGAGCAGCUCAUCGCGGAGACAUCAUCACGACUGUAGGGUCCAGCAGUACAUGAGUGAACCGCUCCCUCCCCCUCCCACUCCUCCGGGCCUAAUUGCCAGGGGCGACCACAUGGGAAGCCUCGUCGAGAAAGACAGGCAGCUGCGAGUGUUGUUUGACGAGCAGGUGACCGGGUUCGAGCGGGCCACCCAGCACAACAUGAGUCUUCCCUCGGACACUCGCUCCUGGCCGCAGGUCACCAAACGCUCCCCGAGACCCAACACGCUCGUGCCCAUGACAAACGGCCACACCCACCACCUCUCUGCAAAGACGGGUAUAGCUGCACAGCCCGGCGCGCCCCCGCAGCAAAGACUGCUACCUUGUCCCACGUGCCGCACGCCCUACGACAUUGGGUCGGAGUCCGGUUUCGCUCACAUGUUCGAACACAUAAGCUACUGCGGACCUAAGAUUGUCAAAACAGAACUAUUGAGCAACCAAGUCACGUAAAACGCAAUUAUGUAUCCCGUUUUCCGCGUUUUUUCCUCUCAUUAUUUUCGGUUUUUAGAUCGAUUUUAUGUAUCCUGUUUUUCACACGGUGAAUUCUGUGCUACGUGAAGUUAUGCAGAUGAAGGGUUGCAAAUUUUAUAAACCAACUGAAGCUUCUUCAAGUCUCUUUUCUGUUGUGCUUUUUAUAUGAUGUGUACAUGUGUGUGUGUGUGUGUGUGUAGCAAUAAACCUCGCAAUAUAUUACUUGGUCCUAUACAAUUAUCUCAACACCAAUUACUAUUUUUUGUUUUCGUACACGAAAACCAUUUUAAAAAGUGAGAUUCAACAUAUUGCGCAUCUAAAAUGCCGCAGACCUGA